CCCUGUUCUUGCUCUGCACUCAAACCUCAUUAACAAAAAGAUACAACAAAUCGUCUUUUUCUAUUUCUCAUUUAGCCUCAAAUUAAGAAAAAUGGCAUCCAAAAACAAUGUGAUGGCUCUAGUUAUGGUUCUGAUUGUGGCCAUUUCUUGGAAUGGAGCUUUAGCUCAAUCAAGCUGCAUGACUACACUAGUAAGCUUGUCCCCAUGUUUGAACUAUGUCACUGGAAAUUCAUCAACGCCAUCUUCAUCUUGUUGCACAUCACUAUCUAGUGUUGUCCAAUCCAGUCCUCAAUGCCUUUGUACGUUGGUUAAUGGUGGUGGUUCUAAUCUUGGCAUUACUAUUAAUCAAACUCUUGCUCUAGGAUUACCUAAAGCUUGUAAUUUACAAACUCCUCCAGUGAGCAGGUGCAACGCUGCAAAUGGACCAACUGCUCCAGCUGCCGUACCAGCAAGUUCUCCUGCAGGUUCAACUACCCCAUCUGAUUCUACUAAUGAAAUCCCAGCAGGAUCAGGUACUACAGGUUCUAAAACAGUGCCCUCAACACCUGGAUCCUCUUCAUCAGCAGCAGGAAGCAACUCAAGAAUUUCUAUCAAUUUUGUUGGAUUCCUACUCUUUGUUGCAUCAUGUGCUUUGAAUACCAGGGGAUUCUGAGUUUGGGGGAAAAAGCCAUUUUUAUGUCAAUGUUGUAUUAAUAGAACAGUACUCCAUAAUAUUAUUGUUAUUAUUCUUUUGGUUCCUCUGUUUUAGUUGGAGUGUCACGCUGGUUGUAAUUUACCCAUACCUAUAUUAUUUAUUGUGGCUUAUUUUUGAGUAA